UAGGACCCUUUGGGAAAGAGAAGCUAGUUUGGCUCUUGGUCUAACCCUACAUAGCUAACUGAAUGUGCCUCGUAUAGGCCUACGUCGGCUGUUUGCCUACCUAUUGGUUGCGUUCCUCACAUGACUCGCAGUAUAUGGACCGCCCUGACAGCAUCUCAGAGAGCAGAGGCUGAGCCGAAGACGCACUCCCUCCACUGGGGAAGAGGAUGCGCCUGUAAACAAACCUACAACUCAACUACCUCUUGCAGCGUCAAAACUUCCACACCAUUUUUGCAUCCAAGUUCUUUCUAAGCUCAUAUACGUGUUGAGCUUAUUUCUUAAAUCACAUGCUGGAUCGCACCGCGAGAUCAAGAUAAAGUUGGCUUUUUGGCAGCAUUUUGUCUUUGGAACGAUGACCGGAGUAUUUGACAGCCUCGCCACAGAUAUGCACUCCAACCAAAUUACCUCCACCAACUUCCACACCAUGAAAUCUCAAGACUCGCCCACGUUACCGGUGUCUACGGUGACGGACAGCAGCUUUUACAGUAGCCCCCAGCCUGGACUGUGCGCCGGCGCCGCAUACGCACAACUCGGAUCUUAUUCCUAUCAUCCAGCGGGGGCAAGCAAUGUACACUACAGCCCCAAAGCCUACGACAUGGGCUUCGGUUCCUCGUAUGGGGCAUAUGGGUCUUAUGCUUCAGGAUCAUCACCAGUUCCCACCGACACAGAGAAAGAAGAGAGCGAACCAGAAAUACGCAUGGUCAAUGGAAAACCCAAGAAAAUCCGAAAGCCUCGUACAAUUUACUCUAGCUUCCAGCUGGCUGCUCUUCAGCGGAGGUUUCAGAAAACCCAGUAUCUGGCACUCCCAGAGCGGGCUGAGUUGGCUGCAUCCCUCGGCCUGACCCAGACACAGGUGAAAAUAUGGUUUCAAAAUCGACGCUCUAAAUUCAAGAAGUUGUGGAAAAACGGGGAGAUUCCUCCGGAUCAGCACGUAUCUCCAGACUCGCCACCAUGCAGCUCUCCGACGGAGACCAACUGGGAGUUCCAACAGAGCCAAGCACUAAACGACGGGGACUCGACCAUCAACCAGAACGCUGGACCGCCGAACACCACGGCUCCAUCUUUCCUCACAAACUACUCUUGGUACUCAUCCACGAACACUGCGGCGCAUGCACAGCCAAGCCCCCUUAUCCCACACCACAACAACGCCAUGAGUACGGGGCCUAUUUUCUGAUUUUCAACUUAAAAAAAGAAAACUGUCAGGGACUGGACUAUGGAAGAGACUUGAGUUUGGAUUUCUACUUGCCAGUGCGCCUGGAUUCUCCAGCGACCAUUCCUUUCGGGAGAGUGGAUAACUUACAAAAAAAAAGAUGUGUUGAGUUUCCCCACUCUUGGAUUUCUGUUGUAGCGGUCGUACGUGUAGUAUUCUCAUGCAAUUAUUUGGGAAUUAAAUUAUUUUUUAUUCUGCUAUUUAUUGUUCUCUGUUGCGCUUAUUGUUAAUUCAAAGUACACGUUUUGUAAACACGGGUAAUGGCAUUACACAGAUCAAUAAUUUGGGCUAUACUGUUACAAUAUCCAGGUCAGGGGUUCACUGUACAAACACAAAUGUUACUAACUCCCAGUGAUCAUGUUUGCUUCCCUAUAAAUGCUAUUUUAGUUGACCACCUCAUAACCUAUGUGUUCGUUAUCUGGUUGCCUCCCCUGGGACAUAUGUAAGCGUUCAGUGCUCGUUUAAAUUCUGUGUGGGCUAUUUGAGGUGAAUGCCUGGAAUGGGAGCCCAUUUGUUUAAAUACAACGCAAACAACCGCCUAAAAGCCACCCUUUGAUAUGUACCCAAACGCUUCAACUUACAGACACACAACACGCUGAUCUGAGGACAAAUAUUAAACAGUUUCCCCCCAGCAUCACUCUCAUCUGAGCACGAUUCGUGUAUUUGGUUUAGUUGUAUGCUACUGUGAUAAAUGUUUUAUUUUAACACGUUGUACUGUUUUGAUUUUUGCUAUUCUGGGUUUUGUUUGGGCCUUCUGUCGCUUAAAUAUGCUGCUAUUGUUUUGCGCAGAUGAUGAUGAUGACAGGAGUGUUGCGCCACUAUUGUUGACACCACUGGCUGCUUACACUGGUGGGCUCCUGUUCUCCUGAAACAGUAUUUCGACUGGAGCGAAAUGUUUUUGGUUACCAGCAAAUCUGCAGAAUGCGGCCUGUCAGACUGACGUGACCGCAUCCCUGCAACCCUGGCGCCAGAUGUGCCUUCCGCUGGAUCCAGCUCAGCGAAGCGGAACCACGGAUGAUUGGACACGUAGUACUUUUCAAAAGUGAUCACAUAUCAGUGACUUUGAAAAAAAAAGAAAAAGAAAAACAGUUCCUCUUUCUGAGGGAUGCGAUAGAAUUGUGCCCGGGCUGGGACCUCAUUUUUUGGUGGUCCUAUUGCAGAAUUGUUUCUGUGUAGCCUACUCUGACCAUGGACUGAUGACAGUUGAUUCUGGAUACAUUUCAGGCCAGAGGCCAAUAAAACGACACGAGCGUGUAGGCCAAGAGUCUGAGGGCUGCGGUGAACAGUGCUGCCAGCAGAUUUUUUAUGAACCACUGCGGUUUGUCGGUAAUGAAUGGAGUUUCCCGGCUUCUCUUCGUUUCUUAAUAGGAUCAGAUUAUUAAGAAUAGUUUGAGCACCCACAGCGCUGU